AUUUCUUUAAAAGUAAAUACUGCCCAGAGAGUGAGUUGCCAUGGUAGAGGCUCUCGGAGUGUUUCUUGUUUUUUCAGUUUUAUGGGCCCUGAAAAGCUGAACAGCGUAGGUCUGGUUUUAAUUUAGUCCCAACUGAGAGCCCAUUAUUUAACCAGGAAGAAACCGGAUAGAGUUGGGACGGCCCAUCGUGGGAAUGUGAGCUGCUCGGCGGUCCACGAUUUAAGUUAUGACUUUAAUAUGGCUGAUAACGGUUCGAUUUUAACUUCAUGUAUUAUUUUUUACCUGUCGAUCGGGGCCGCGAUAUUCCAAAUUCUUGAAGAACAAAACUGGAAAAAGGCUGUAGAGAAGUAUGUCAAGGACAAGGAAGAUAUUCGGAGGAAAUAUAACUUAACAGACGACGCUCUGAAUGAGAUACUGCAGGUAGUGUCAGAGGCUGCGGGGCAAGGCGUGGCCAUCAUCGGGGACAAUGACCGCAAUCCGUGGGACUGGGGGAAUUCUUUAAUCUUCACUAACUCCAUCGUCACCACUAUAGGUUAUGGUAAUGUUGCUCCCAGAACAAAUGGUGGGCGUAUUUUCUGCAUCCUUUAUGGUCUGUGUGGGAUCCCCCUGUGUCUGGUAUGGGUAAGCAAGAUGGGUUCAUUCUUUGGAGACCGGGCCAAGCGUCUGUCUGGGGUGCUGAUAGAAAAAAAUGUAUCAGUGAAAAAAGUCCAGUUUAUCUGUAUAGCCUUGUUCCUUCUAUGGGGGCUGUUGGUGCACCUGGUGAUCCCGCCAUUUAUUUUCAUGUCCAUGGAAAAUUGGACGUACUUGGAAGGUUUCUACUUCUGUUUCAUCACGCUCACAACAGUUGGUUUUGGAGAUUAUGUGGCAGGUGUGAAUCCAGCUAUAAAGUACAACCCCAUCUACAGAGUACUUACAGAAUUAUGGAUCUACAUGAGCCUAGCUUGGCUGUCCCUGUUCUUUAGCUGGAACGUCCACAUGGUAGUUGACACUCACAAAGUGCUAAAGAAAAAAUGGCAAAAACACAGGCACAGAAACAUCUAUCACGAGGAACCACGCGAUGUAGAGAAAAAACCGCAGGAAAAUGCAAGGCCCAAGGUUGUUGACAUCUUCAGCUUCUUAUCUCAGGAGGCAGAAGACUACAACACGAUCAUAAAAAAGAUUGGCAUGUUAAGAGGCAAACAAGCAGCAGACAAAAUAAAUCGCUCAAAGAGCUGCAGCGACAUCCUGGCCAUGAACAUCCAGCCCCUGGAACACUCGCCGCGGCACCGACGUAUGAUCGGCACCAGCGAAGUGUUCAUCAAUGUGAUACCUGAGCGCGACCGUGACGAGAACGAAAGGGCCCGUUCAGCAUCAGAAAUCACGGGCGACCCUGAAUCUGAAGCAUGUGUGAGAAAUGAUGACAGCUGUGCAAUUGAUUUUGAAGCUGGUGGUAUUUCCUUCACUGUAGCUGCCAAAAAGACAGCAGAAGAAGAAACUGUACAGCAUCCCGAUGGUGGGGAGACUAGGUUUAUGAUAUCCAAGGUAGCUGAGGAAGAUUUGUUGGAUAAAGAGAAAGGGUGAGAUUGUGACACUGAUCAGUAUAUGUUGUGUAAAAUGUAUGCAUACUGUAAUGUACCAAAACAACAAACUGGAAAUGACACUGCAUAUUACAGCUACAGGAACAAAAGCAGCACCGUCUUACAGGGACACUUUUUUUUUUGUAAUUUUCAAAUGAUCUGCACUGAUUUGAGGAAAAAUAAAUCUCUGUUUCAAAUGGC